AUGAAUAAUAGUACUGACACAAAUGAUAUAGUCAGCCAAAAGAAUGAAUUGACAGGAAUUAUUAUUGAAGAUGAGACCGAACAACUUCCAUUUGGACUGAUGAAAUUUCUUUCUAAAGUUGAAGAAAUUAAACAUCAACUUAUGUGUAUUGAAAACAAUAAUGAAUUAAUGAAAAUUAAGUAUGAACGAAUAACAAAACAAAUGAAAGUGUCUGACGUUAUUGGUACAAGCAAUCUUCCUCCAGAACUUCAAACAUUAAAUAUUAAAGAAGAAAAAAGAUUUCAUCACCAAAUGAAACUAAAGAAAGAGUCUUCAAAACGUAUUAAUAAAAUACAGUCCAUUAAUAGUUUGGCAUACGUUAAAUCAAAGCAUGACGAAAUCAUAACUAUCAUAAGAAGUAUUGAUGAAUUAGCUCAAACAUUUGUUGAUGCUGCGAUAUUAGUUGAAAUGCAAGGUGAAAUGAUUAAUAAUAUUUGUGAUAAUUGUGAACAAGCAAAGGAGUAUACUACAGAAGCAUUAAUCAAUAUUAAUAAAGCAAAAAGACUCAGAAAGCCAAAUCGUUUUGUUUGUUUUUUUUUUGUUCCUAUUGUAUAA